GGAAGUAGCUCUCAGCCAAUGGGCUUGUGCAAAGCGUCCUAAGCUGACGUCAACCCGGUACCGAUGAACGAGCGGCAGCGUUGAGGAGAAGAUCCGUGCUGUUUGUAGCCUGGUCCGCCGACCCCCUCCCCCUCAGAGCACCCCGCCAACACCAUGCCUUUCGAUGUUAGGAGAUUCGAUAUCUACAGGAAAGUGCCAAAAGAUCUCACCCAGCCCACAUACACAGGAGCUUUCAUUUCCAUUCUCUGCUGCCUCUUCAUACUUUUCCUGUUCCUGUCUGAGCUGACGGGAUUCAUAGCCACUGAAAUUGUAAAUGAACUGUAUGUGGAUGAUCCUGAUAAAGACAGUGGUGGGAAGAUAGAUGUGAGUUUAAACAUCAGUUUGCCAAACUUACACUGUGAUUUGGUGGGUCUGGACAUCCAGGAUGAGAUGGGCCGCCAUGAGGUCGGUCACAUAGACAACUCGAUGAAGGUCCCUCUCAACCAGGGGGACGGUUGUCGCUUUGAGGGAGAGUUCACCAUCAACAAAGUACCAGGAAACUUCCACGUUUCUACACACAGUGCCACAGCGCAGCCCCAAAGCCCCGACAUGACCCACACCAUCCACAAGCUGGCAUUUGGGGAAAAGCUUCAGGUACAAAAAGUGCAAGGAGCCUUCAAUGCGUUGGGAGGGGCUGACAAGCUCUUGUCUAAUCCUCUGGCCUCACAUGACUACAUACUGAAGAUUGUUCCAACAGUGUAUGAAGACCUCUCAGGCAGACAGAGGUUCUCCUACCAGUACACCGUAGCCAACAAGGAAUAUGUAGCGUACAGCCACACAGGCAGGAUCAUCCCCGCCAUCUGGUUCAGAUAUGACCUCAGUCCAAUCACAGUCAAGUACACAGAGAGGAGGCAGCCCUUCUACCGCUUCGUCACAACAAUCUGUGCUAUUGUUGGUGGGACGUUCACUGUGGCAGGCAUCAUCGACUCCUGUAUAUUCACCGCUUCAGAGGCCUGGAAGAAGAUCCAGAUCGGGAAAAUGUCAUGAGGAUCACUCCUCACAUCCCCCAACACGUCUUAUUUAUAAGUGCAAAGUUGCUAGCCUGUUAGCUAAAUCCAGUCCUGCCUGAAGCAACUUCUUUGGGGGGGGGGGAUUGUAUCACCUAUGAAGUGGCUCCGGCACUCGAUGUAACUACCAGGCUACACGCCACUACUGCAUCUCAGUUACUGCAGCUCCUUUCAGGCUCCAUCUGCUCCACUGACGUGUGGACACCAACUAUCACAUGUCCGCUUCCUGUGUUUCCAGAGCGAGGAGAGGAGAGGAAAGCUCUUUUGUUACUGUGGAGAUGAAGUAUCUUGUGACAGGGUUCAAGCAGUAUGGGUGUUUUUGAAGGCUGAUAUAUUUUUAGAAUGAAGUAAAACAAAAAAUAGCUGGGAUUUGUGCUGACGGUCAAUGUGUGACAAAAAUCUGUGCAACAUGGAUUCAGUCAUUUUCAAUUCAAUGAUUUAUAGAUUAAAAAAGGGGGUGAAUUCAAAAUCUACGAGUUUCUAUUUUCAGACCGAUCUAUUGUUCUUGAAUCUCACUUUAACUGUGCUGCGUUUAUUCCCCCAGUACUGCAAAAAGGGACUGAUUAUUUGAAGGAAGUACUUUUUUUUUUUUUUGUAAAACUGUACCUGUACCACAAAACUACAUUACAUAACAUGAGAUUUAUAUCAUCCAUCCUGUCAUUUUAUUUCUUGAAAUUAAAACUGUGCCUUUAGGUUUACUGCUCCAUCUUAGAGGAUUAUGAUCUUAUUAGUCUGUUUCAGUGACUGCCACUAAAACCAGUGUUUUUCUUUCCUUCAUGUUAGAGCUACUGUAUCUGCAUUUUCUUUCUUUUUAUAAAAGGGGGUCAUUGAUUUCUUCUUAUUCCAUUUAUACAUUUCAUCAACGCUGUUAAAGGUCCUAGUUUUGACUUUUUCCAUUUCAUUUCAGUGCUUGGAAUAAUUUGAGUAAAUAUAGUUUUUGCUGAGAUAAAUGUAAUUUUUUUUCAAGGUACACAAACUUAUUUACAGAGUUACUCAAUGAAGUUUGGUUUUGUAAGGAGAGAAUUUGUAGACCAAAUGUUUUUUUUCUUCCUCUUGAGUCAUUGUUUUUUUGUUGUUUUUAUACUAUUGUCAGCACAGCUUUUCUGAUCAAGGACAGUGAUAAUCACAAGCCCUCAGAACUGGUCUUUCUAUUACAAAGGUCAUCCAUUUCUUGUUCUCAAAUGACUGUAACGCUAUGUGUUCCUCAAGUAAAGGUACCAUAGAAGACA